AUGGAUAGUGGUCCUGAUGAAUUGCGUUGGUUUGGCGUAAAGAAAUUACUCUACUUCCGAAUUCCCACAGCCUUCAGGGAAGGACGAUGCAGGAGUGUGUCAGAAUUCGCAAAGUGCAAUAGAAUUGGCGAGGGCACUUACGGCAUUGUUUACCGAGCUCGUGAUACAAUCACCAAUGAGGUUGUUGCACUUAAAAAAGUUAGAAUGGAAAAUGAAAAAGAUGGAAUUCCAAUCAGUAGUUUGCGCGAAAUUACUCUCUUAUUGAGCAUGAAGCAUCCCAAUAUUGUUCAGCUCAAGGAGGUUGUAGUUGGGCGGAGUCUCGAUAGCAUAUUUCUUUCGAUGGAAUAUUGUGAGCAAGACCUUGCCAGUUUGCUGGACAACAUGCCAAGUGCCUUUACUGAGGCUCAGGUCUCUAAUCUGUUAAUGACAGACAAAGGUCUUGUGAAAAUCGCCGACUUCGGACUUGCUAGGCCGUCGAACUCUCAGCACCCAAUGACACCAAAGGUUGUAACACUAUGGUACCGCGCCCCAGAGAUAAUACUGGGUGACAAAAUGCAGACUAAAGCCAUCGACAUAUGGUCAGCCGGUUGUAUAAUGGGAGAACUUCUUCUGCACAAACCACUGCUGCCUGGAAAAACCGAAAUUCACCAGUACAACAAUCUACGGCAUACCUUCCCCUACCUUUCGGACGCGGGUCUGCGUCUUCUCAACUUUCUUUUCAUGUACGACCCCAGCAAACGGGCUCGAGCUCGGGAAUGUUGUCAGAGUUCCUACUUCCGUGAGCACCCCCUGCCCUGCGAGCCGGACAUGAUGCCGUCCUUCCCACAGCAUCGCCUCAAACGGAAAGCCUCGCCAAGCGACGAAAGUCAGCCGACAACUCUGCCACCGGUGGCCCAGGAACCCUCUUCGGGGCUCUUUGAUGCUGCCUUUGAUCGCAUUGUAAGAGUGCGCUAUUUGUUUCUUGUUUUUUUUCGACAGUCAUCGCAUGCCUUAUACACCGCAUUCAGCAAUUUCCUUCAGCAUGCUUCGCCAAGUCAUUUCCUUGGUUCCAUUGGCGCCCAAUAA